GUAUUCGUCUUUGAAGUCCGGCGGAGAACGCAUGCGUUUUAUGUUGCUCUGUGAUGCUCUCACCGAAUUGAAUUCGCAGUAAAAAAAAAUACCCGUUAGUGAAUCUUGGUUGCGAGUCGCGAAAAAGAUACGUUGCUUGGUUUUGCUUUCAGCAAUUUACUGUCGCGCCGUGAUUGCAACUGUGAGAAGUGCUCUUUAUAAUCACAAUCGCUGUCAAAAAUAUUUUCAGUGUAAAUGUCAAAAAAUAUCUAUAUUUCAAUUAUUAUUCUUCCAGUGUUAAUGCAAUGUUAAUAGAAAUAGAAAUGAGAAAACAAAAUAUAUGCUGUGUGUUUUGUUUGUGAAACGAUGCGGUGGUGCUGGUUGCAUGUUGUUGGGUGUAUUUCACCUUCAGUUCAGAGUUAACCUAUAAAUUAUUUUCUUAUCAGAGAAUCUUAAGAGGACGUCAGGAACCCUCAAUUGACUGUUAUCUCUGGUGGCAUCUAUUUAAUGUUUUGUUUCACUUUCAACAUAUUCGGGGACUUCGAUCCAUUUUAAGUUUAUAUUAUACUCUGCCAUAAAUUAUAGUUUAACUAUUGUCCUCGGUGUGCUUAGAAGCAAUAUAAUUAUAAUAGUUUUGUUUUAUUUUUUUGUUGAGACGUCAGUUUUUGUUUUUAUUUUAUGUUUUGUGAACUUUAUACAUGCCUACCUGCAGUCGGUGUCUGCAACGUAAAAAGGAAUUAAAGAAGUAAUAGGUCGUAAAGGUGUUUUCGUCGCAAAGUCUAAGGAGUUAUCUUCUUACGUAGCCGAUUUACUGAAUUGUGUUGUAUAAGUGCGAUUUGAUCUAGAUCUGGAUAGGUCAAUGCCGAGUUCUCAAUAAAUAAAGUCGUUAAUUAAAAAAAAAGUGUGUACCCACCUAUCUUGAUGAAUGAAAUAUAUUUCAACCGGGUAGUAAUAAUGGGAUCAUAAAAGUGCAAAUAAAAAAAAAUCGGUGUCUAUUUUUGAUAACUUAUUUAUAAUCGGAUGAAGAUCAAUUUAAACAUAAACGAAGAGAAAAUUGUUUUCAACGGAUUGAUAGCUGCAACUUAUUUGGAAUACGAUUCGUUGAUUAAGCAGUUGUUUAAACAAGAGAAGCAGUCGUGCACGCUCUUCAAAAAGAAUCGUUGGGGGCUACAAAAGUUAUACUUCAACAGACGCACAUGGGCGUCUGUACUGAAGAGCGCCCUGUGAUGCAUUGGCAGCAGAGCGCAAGGUUCUUAGGGCCGGCAAGGGACAGAAGUCCAACACCACCUGGAACGCACAUUGGCCGCCAGUGUGGAGGACCUUCCAACAACAAUCACAUACUAUAUCGUUCCUGUUCCUCUUGCCCUGAAACAUGUGAUCACAGUACUAAGACCUUUGAAUCCGCACCAAUAUACAACGAUUCGUUUAGAAGCUAUGAUGCACCGGAUAGAGCUCCUUUUGACGAAUCAUUGAUAAAAUAUUCCGUCAGUGGGAGAUUAGACUGUCCAGAUGGAAGCGAUGAUCAAAUAUCUGGAGUAUCACUCAAAACCGAACCCUAUGGCCCACCCAGCAGUCCAGAAUCCUCCAGUGAGACUACAAUUCCUGGUCCUGAAGACUGCGCCGGGUGUGGCCGAUAUAUUCAGGACCGAUUCUACCUCUCAGCUGUUGAAAAACGAUGGCAUGCUGGCUGCCUGCAAUGCUGUACAUGCCAACAACCAUUGGAAGGAGAGUCAUCGUGUUUCUCUAAGGAUGGAAAAAUUUACUGCAAAAGUGAUUACUAUAGACUUUUUGGAACCAGAAGAUGUUCCCGAUGCCUAGCAUCUAUAAGUUCAUCCGAACUAGUGAUGCGUGCAAGAGAUUUAGUAUUCCAUGUUAAUUGUUUCAGCUGCGCUAUGUGCAAUACACCGUUAAAUAAAGGUGACCAAUUCGGAAUAAGAGAUUCCGUGAUAUUUUGCAGACUACAUUAUGGAAUUUCCUUAGAGGCACAGGCAGCUUCAACACCUUUAGCCAAUUCAUGCUCAUAUGGUUCGCAAUUUGGGUCACCUCCAAACGAUUCGUCAAGUCCUAAUGAUCCAAAUAGAAUUGUUCCUGCCGGUUUGUACAUGCCAGCUUCACACGUUAUAUCGGGGCUUCCUCAAGCGCCACGACAAAAAGGCCGGCCAAGAAAAAGAAAGCCAAAAGACAUCGACUCGUUAACAGCAAACAUUGAUUUAAACUCCGAAUAUCUUGACUUUGGACGUGGCUCACAUAUGAGCUCAUCAUCACGCACAAAACGAAUGAGAACAUCGUUUAAACAUCAUCAACUACGAACAAUGAAAUCCUAUUUUGCUAUUAAUCAUAAUCCUGAUGCAAAAGAUUUAAAACAACUUUCUCAAAAAACUGGUUUACCCAAAAGAGUACUUCAGGUUUGGUUUCAAAAUGCAAGAGCAAAAUGGCGCCGUAUGAUGAUGAAACAAGAUGGCUCAACUAUGAAUGAUAAAGGCGAUGGGCCUUUAGAUCUAGACAGUUUCUCUGCACACAGUCCAUCUUUUAUUCUGGGAGGAACAUCAAGUCCACACAAUUUGGAUUAAAAACACAAACCAACCAGUUUUACCUCAGCAUUAUUUUCAAUAUGAUUGUGCAACAUUUAUCAUAGAUAUGCUUAAUUUAACAAUACUAUGAGUAAAAAAUCAAAUAAAGACUUAUAGAAAUCAAUGUGAACAAGGAAAAAUAUUAGGAAUAUGGCAGCAAAAUGUGAAACUUAACCAUAAACAAAAUUAAUUGAAAGUCCCAAUAGAUUAAACAAAAAAAUAUUAUUAUUGAAACUCCAUUAAAUUAAUUAUUCUUUUUCGAUACGAAAGCAUUUAAAAAAAGUUUCUUUGAAUCGAUUUUUCUGUUCCUUAUGUUUAAUAAUAUGACUUAAAAUAAAUUAGCUGUACAUAAAUACACAUAAAUCUACCAUAAUUAAAUUUUGUCAUGGGUCUCUUAAUUAAUUUAACCUUAACUCUACGAUCUCUUUUUUUAUUAUUAUUUUUAUCAGGCCACAGGAAAAUCAAUUUUUGAGAAAAAAAAAAAUUAAAAUAAAUCAAUUUAACUUUCUUUAGGUUUUUAAAGUUUAAAACUCAUAAUAAAUUAUUGUUUUAAGAAAUUAAUUUAUUAUUUUAGCCGUAUUUUCUUUAAGUAAUGUUUAUUUAAUGUUCUGUAUCAGAUGCUAUUUUGAGUACAUAAUUCAGAAACUAAUUAUCGGAUUUGCUUUAAAAACUCUUAAAUAAAAAAAAAAUGUGAAUAAAUCCACUAAAUUGAACUGUGUGUAAAAUGUAGAAUUGUUGGAACCCUCAACACCCCCAAUAUUAGUUUAAAAAAUAAAAUUAUGUAAGUAUUUACAAUCAUGUAUUAUAAAAUUAUUAAAAGCAUAUUGUUUUAAGUUGUGUAAUUUUAGGCUAAUAAAUUAUUUACAAUAGUUGUAAAACGUUUGUACUUAUGGAUUAUUUAUAAUCGUUUUAGAAAUAAAAAAAAUCAAUCUUAAGCAUUAUGAAUCAAUA